CACAUGCCACGCGCUUCCUGCUCAGUCGAGCGAGCUUGUUCAGCGGCAGCAGAUCGAGUGGGAUGCGAUUCAGGACGACCAUAACCAUAGGCCAUGUAGAGCCACCCGGGAACUGCGGGCUGAUGGAACUCAACGAUGACUGCCUGCUUAUGAUUUGCGAACGUCUUUCGCUGGGGGACCAACUCAAAUUGAUUGAGCUGCAAGAGAAGCGACUAUCCAGUUUGAUACUUCACCUGUGGUCCGGCAGAUAUGCCAAACAGUUCGAUUUUGGCCGGGAGCAGCAUUUAAAGCUGUUGAAAUGCGACGAGCAAGCCAAACUAUUGGAUUACAUAGGCAGGCGAACAAGAGCCCUUAUUAACUUGCCAGGAACUAGCGAAUGUUGCCGGAUAUGGCUGAAGCGGAAGCGAAAAGUCUUUACCCAUAUUCAGCGAGUAAGUUUCACUAAAAGCAGUUCUUUGCUGAUACAAAAACUGCCCCACCUUUGUCCCAACAUGGUGGACCUUAAACUUGGUGAAGGUGUGGACUUAACACCUAUCGAUAUGGAUUGCCUAUUUAAAAAUUUGAACAACGUUAGAUCCUUCGAGCUGCUCUCUAACUCGCAUUGCAGGCAGUUUGAGUACCAGUAUCCCCGAAGUCUGGAAACCCUAAAGCUACCAGCCUGUAUGGUAAAUGCUCGCGUUUCUGAAAUCUUCCAAUUGCCUAGACUCCGCCUAUUGACAGCUUUUCUGUGCCGGAAUUCGGGGCACUGCCACCUGGAUGAUGGCAAGGCAAAUGCCAGUGGCACAGGAACGUUGUCCGCGUGCCUGCAGCAAAUUCGGGGUCACAAUUGUCGGAUUGUGGGACUCCGUUUGCAGUGUCGACUGGAUGACUGCCUGCCAGUCGUCGCUGUGGAGGAUAUAUUCCGGCUGCGAUACUUUGCCUGGCACUCUCAGCUGACGGUGCACUAUGAUGUGGCGGAUGGAAGCGUCACGUGGAUGCCACAGCGACCGCAGGCGGUACGCUCCCUCCUCUGCUUCCUGGCCACCCAGGCGGCCAGUUUGCGGGAAUUGGAUUUCACGCGUAACGCACAUGCCACGCCCACAUUUCUUGCACAGUUAGACGCCCACUUGAAGCGGGCCGGCGGAUGUCCUACCACCCAAUUGACAAAUACGAACACUCAUGUGAGUGCGGAUGUGGAGGCGGAUGCGGAUGCGGAUUCGGCUGAGACAAACGAUUUGGCGUUUGUCGAGCUGGAAUUGCUGCAUUUGCCUAAUGAACAAUCGGAAGCGAGCACCGGAGAGAUGACAGCGAUGAGGGAUUAGGCCAAAAGGAUAAUGGAUGGUGCAUCUGAUCUGAUUGCUGACGAUAGUGGAACCAUAAUAGCAAAUUAAGUAAAUCUCAAGUACUGCCGCGGGGAAAUGCCGAGUUGAAUUUAGCACACGAAUAUUCUUUAAUAUACUUUAAGGUUUAUUGAUAUAUAGAUAAUAAAUAUGUGUUUAAUACAGAACCAA